AUGGGAUCUGCUUGCAGCUUGAACAGCAGUGAGAAUGUUGUUAGUCCUAAUCAACAAGAAUCACCAAAAGAUUUUAAUCAACAUAAAUCAAUUAGAUAUUCGGAAAGGAGAGUAUCAAAAGAUUCUUAUGCUUCCUCGGAGUCAGAAACGAAAGUGGUGGAGGUUCGUAAGGCACACUCUUUCAAACUUCCUCCUCCCCGAGUGAAUUUGAUGGGAUUUAAAACAAUACCUUUUGGAAAUGGAAAAAAAACAACGGAGGAGGUUAAUGCGGAAAUAAUUUGUUCUUAUUUACCUCAACAUUUGUUGUAUAAUCUCAAGUCUCUCUAUUACAAGAGCAAUAAUAAUAGUAAUGUAAAUGAUAGGAAAUCAAAGGCAUUGGAGGAAGAAAUGUCAACAACAAUGUCUCCACUUAGUAAUAUAACAUAUGAAACCUGUAUUUUAAUGAUUGACAUUUCUGGAUUUACUAAUUUAACAGAGAGCCUUUCAAAAGAACCUAAUGGAGCUGAGCUUCUUACUAAAUAUAUUAAUCAAUAUUUUACGACAUUAAUUGCCUUUAUUUAUGAUGCUAUUAUUUGUCAAUUCCAUUACCCACGUAAGGAUAGAACUUUGGCUGAGUGUGUAAUUGCGGCUGUUCAAUGUGCCUUGCGAAUUCAGCAGACUGAAUAUUUGAAAUCUUUCAAGGUGAAUGAUAACAUAUCACUUCAGAUACAUUGUGGUGUGUCUUUGGGAUAUGUAACGACGCACCAUUUGGGAGUGAAUGAUUACUGGCUUCGAAUCACUUCUGGCCAAGCUCUUCUCGAAAUGUCCUCCGCUUUGGGUAAUAGUCUGGUAGGACAAGUUGUGAUAACCAGGCCAGCAUUUGAAAAAUGUUCCAAUUAUAUCACUUGUAGAAAGUUAGAAAUCAAAGAGGCAGAUGUCCCACCUGUUAGAAACAAGAUAGAUGCAGGACAAAGUGAAUGGAUCAAUGAAGUCAAACCUCUCACAGUGGGGUUCUUGUCCAUUAUUGAUACAAACAAGUACGAAACAAAAGAUGAUGAAAUGCAAGUGUAUCAAACAUAUUUAACAAACGUUCAAGGCGUAUUGGAAACUUAUGAGGGUUUUAUUGCAAACAUGUUGUCGGAUGAAAAGGGUACUAUUCUUGUAUUUUCUUUUGGUUAUCCUGUUAGUCAUAUCAGUGAUUCCAUUAGAGCAGUGAAGGCAGGUAUUGAACUGUCAGGCAAUUUAUCUCAACUAGGAAUGAAGUUUGGAUUGGGAAUUGCCAGUGGAAAGUGUUUUAUUGGAAAUGUUGGGUCAGAAUAUAGAAAGGAGUUUACUAUUUAUGGUGAUAAGGUAAAUUUGGCUGCCCGUUUAAUGAAGGAAUCAGAAAAAAAUGAUGGAGUUGUGUUAUGUGAAGAGGAGACAGCUCAAAUGUUGAAGGGUAUUCCAAUAGAACCACUAGAGCCAAUCAAGGUGAAGGGAAAAUCAGAUUUGAUAAAAAUUUGGAAGGUCAAAGACUCAUCAAUCUCUUCAACUCAAAUGUAUUAUAACAUUAAGAAAUCUCCUUCACAAAUUAUGACAGAAGACCAUUCUGAAUCAUCUGGUAAGAAAAGUUACAGUGGCUCUGAGCAUUUGAAUUCUCUCAAAUAUCCUAUUGGAAGAGAGGAAAUAUUUGAUAGUAUUUGUGGAUAUGUUAAUGAAAAACAGCAAGAAAUAGAACAGGGUAAGAAAACAAAGACCAAGAUAAUUUUUGUGAAAGGAGAAAAUGGUGUUGGAAAAUCUGACCUUUUGAGAAGAUUAGUGAGCGAAUUGAAAUCAAAACUUGCCUGUGUUUAUAAUUCAGCUAUUGAGUUCGAAACUCCAUUUUAUCUCUAUCUAGGAAACCUGAAGAUUAGCAUUACUGAACGUUUUUAUAAGAAGAACGGAUUGGAUUUAGAUUAUAAUGAUGUUGAAAAUCUUUACAACAAUAUUAGUAGAGAACAAAGAGAAGAAAUAAUGUUGGAAACUUUCAAAGAAGAAAAAGAUCGUGACAAUUUAUACUUAUUGAACCCAGUUGUAGGUACCGAGUUUAAAGAGUCGAAAGAUAGUGUUAAACUGGAUCAGGAGGAGAGAAUUACCAUCGCUGCUGAUCUUUUCGCUAGAUUGCUUUCUAUUUCUUGGAUGUAUAUGGGGUAUUCAGCACAACCUUGGUUUCUACUAUAUGACGAUUUCCAUUUUACAAUGCAGUUUGACCCCUAUUCAAGGAUUGUUACGAAAAAAAUUUUGGACCUUGAGCCAGGAAUUACCAACUGUGUAUUGUUGCUUUCCUGUAACGAGCUUCCAGAUGGACCACAAAUGGCGGAGAAGAGAAAAGAGCUUGAUGAGUGGAAGGCUAAGGCUGACUUAGUAAUCGACCUUAAAGAGUUCACCAAGUCUGAAUGUGAAGAAUACUUAAAGCUUUAUUUUAAUGCUUCAAAAGUCGAUCCAAAGGUUUUAGACAUUUUCGUCGAAAAAACAGAGGGAAAUCAACAGUUUUUAACAAUGGCCCUUCACUUUUUACAAGAAAAUGGAAGAACUUAUGUAGAAGAUGGCUGCCUCAAGUUUAAAUUUACGACUAUGGAUACGAUUGAAUUGCCUGCCACAAUGUCUUCGUUCUUUCAACAAAAGAUUGACAGAUUGGAUGUUGACUCUCAACUUGUUCUGAAAGUUGCAUCUUCGAUUGGAAUCCAAUUCGAUUUUGAGACUCUUGAAGCAAUAUUCCCAAAGGAAUCAAAUGUGAAAAAGGACAGAAAAUUAUCAGAUAUUUUGAAGAAUCUUGUUGGCAGUCAUCAGUUUUUAGAAGUGGUUGAGGAGACAAAGGGUAAACAUUUUCUUGCUUGUUCAUCAAGUAAGGACAGAACGUUCAAAUUCAAAUCUUCCAUGAUGCUACAGAUUGUGUAUUCCACUACUCCCAAAGAGCAAAAGAGAGAAUUUCACAUGUCUCUUGCCAAACACUUUAUCAAGACAAUUGAGCAACAAUGUAGAAGACACAAAAGUAGAGAACGAUCCUCGUGGUAUAUUAAGGAAAUCGCCGUUCAUUUAGGCCACUAUUUUGAUAAGAUUGCUUUAGAGGAAACCCUCUCGCUAGGAUCAGUAGAAAAGGAGGAAAUGCUUCAUUUAGCAUUGGCGUGUGUUAUAAUUCCAAAAGCUAUCACUCUAUUGAGCCAAGAGCAGGAAGCUUCUGUUUUCAAGCAUCUUUGUGUUUCAUUUAAUACGAUAUUGGAGAAAAUUGUAACAUUGUGGAAAGGAGAAAAGGAAGGAAAUGAAGAAGUCAAGUACACCGACCUAUUAGAUGUUACAAAGCUGAACGUUUUCGAGUCAGUUCUCUCCCUGAUUGAUAUUACCAGAAAGAGAUUUGAAGGGAUAACACGAAUUUCUUCAACUUUUUCCAUUUUGGGUCUCAGUUUUUUGAGUGUUAAAAUCUUACUUGCAAAGAGUCUACUCAAAUUUGGAAUAUUUAUUGAGAAUUUGUUUGACGCAAAUUUGAUGCCGACUGGUGAGGAAGCAUUAACCAAAGCAAAACUGUAUUGCCCAGAAUCAGAGAAAGAGUUGAUCUUUUCUAUUGAAUCUGAGAGAUGGUUCAUGGCUUUUUACUUGAACAAGACAGAUGAAGCAAUAGUAUUGAGUUCAAACCUCAUUAAUUUAUCAACAGAAAUAGGAGAUACUACACAGCAAAUGUUUGGUUCUGUAUCUUGCAUGAUGACUCACAACACCAGGGGUAAUUUUAAUAAGGUAAUUCUCUUCUCUGAAGAUGUUAUCAAUCAGUAUUUGAGCGAUCCCGACAAGUAUCAUCAACAGUCCAUUAAUAGGUUCAGAAAAAGGGAUGCUUUGCUUGUAUCUUGUACCUACUCGAUGCGGGCUUUGUGGUCUGUUGGUAAAUAUGAGAGUGCAUCAAAAUACUACACUUUGGGAUCUGAACAGAGCAGGGUCAGACUUCACCUCCCUUCUUACAUGUUCUUUUACUCAUUUGCUUGCUACUAUUUAUUAAUUAGUGGUCAAUUGGAUGAGCUAGAGAGAUCAGCUAAUCAAGGAAUGAGCAUCAUUUCAAUAUUUUCAACAACUGUGGCAAGUCCAACCCAAGUAUUAAGCGCCAAGUUUUAUCUUGCCUAUGUCCAAUUUUGCAGAGAGUUAACGUCUGGAAUUAAUAUUGUAGAGAAAGAGCAACGGUUAAGGGAACAAGCUGAUCACAUGGAAUCUCUCUUUAACUCUCUUCACAUUUAUGCACCUCCAAGCUUAAUAUUCGAUUAUGCAAUUUUAGAGUCUCGGGUCAAGUAUUUGGAAUUCCUAGAUAGUAUCCAAAUUGGUACUGAUGUUCCGUAUCUUGAACAUACAGAGACACUCUUCAAGAAUGCACUAGCAUCACAUCAAGAAAAUUUAUUAGGAGAAAUACUGAGAUUGCAAUCCAGAUUUCUUCUAAUCAAGUGCUCAUUGCUUGAGGCAUCUUUCGAAGAAUGCUAUCCUAAUGUUGAAAAAUCCUACUCUGAUGCACUGCAAUUUGUUUCUUCUCAAUCAGCGCAUGGUGUCAAGUUGAGAAUUCUUCUGGACAUGUACGACUGCUAUCAUUAUUUAAUAUCGAAAGGACUGAAAUAUGUAGAAGACAAACUUCCAGAUAUUAUUUCAGAUAUGGAUUAUCUUAUGGAAAAUUACAUUGAACAACACGAAUCAAUCCAAUCUUUGAAUGAAAGAUAUAAGAUAAUUAAGCAGUAG